AUAACUUUUCAUAAUUAAAUUUCGAAUCUUAAAUGCUGAAGUGAUAUUUGCUCGCCAAAUCCAAUAAAAUACGUUUAUCAAAGCGUGAGAAACUUGAUUUUAAAAAGAGAAGCUUAUUUCUUUCAUCGUCUUCAUAUUUUCAAUGUCCUAAAUUCGCCUUCUUUCUCAGCACUCUUUUGUGGGUGGUUACGCUUAUUUUUCCUCAUUUCAUCUUUUCAACAAACAAUUUCCCCAAAUUUUCCAUUUUUUCACUCUCUUUCUCUAUUUUCAUUUAUGUCUAAAACUUUUUUUUUUUGCUAUUCAUUCUUGUAACUUCGGAAUUUUGAAUCUUUUGUUGUUGUAUUGCAUUUAAACAUCUAACUUUGUAAUUGAAUCUCGAUCUGUUUUAUUUGAUUAUUUGAAUAAAUUGUGUUUUUUUGUUGCUCCUUUGUUCGGGUUCGAAUUUGAAUCCAAGUUUUAUGUAAUGGUGGAGUUUCUGGAAUAGUAUGUGGGAGAAAAAAAAGAAUAUUUACAAAAGGGGAAUUUUGUUUAUUAAUUUCUUCUUCUUAUAAUUAUAAUUAGUCACUUGUUAGAUCUUUUGCUUUGAGCAAUUUUGUGUCUUGUGGAAGGAAAAAGGAUUCUUCACUUUUGGAGAAGUUUAUAUUCUCUUAUUUUAAUUGGUUGACAAUUUCAUUGCUUCAAUCAAUUUAUGCUCCAUUAUGUUGGAUUCUGAAUUAUUGUCAAGCUGAUUCAUUUAGCAUUGGAGUUUGAUUUAAGUGUGAAUUUUGCCGGUUAUUGUUAUUGGGUAUUGGGGAAUUUGAUCAAAUAGUUAAUUUGGCUAGAAUUUUUUAUUGGGUAUUGGAGAAUUUGAUCAAAAAGAGUGAAUUUCUUAUUGGGUUUUGGAGAAUUUGAUCAAAGAGUGAAUUUGGCUGGAUUUUGUAAUUGGAAUUAAAGAAUUUGCUCAAAUAGUGAAUUUGGCUAGAAUUUUCUAUUGGUAUUGCAGAAUUUGAUCAAAAAGAGUGAAUUGUUAUUGGGUAUUGGAGAAUUUGAUCAAAAAGUGAAGUUGGCUGGAUUUUGUAAUUGGGUAUUAAAUAAUUUGAUCAAAUAGUGAAUUUUGUGGGAUUAAUUUGAUUGAUAGUUGAAGAAAAAGGUAAAAAUAGAGGAGGGUACAGCAAAAUCAGUAGUAGUAGAUUCAUCAAUAGAUUAUAGAGGGUGUUGUUGUGUAGCUGUACUGGAGUGCAUAGUUAAUAUAAUCAGGGCCCUAAGAAUGGGGUCCUGCUUUUCUGCAGAAAGCAGGAGCCCUCUCCCUGGUUCUCCUUCCUCUUUAGGGGUUAGAAAGAGGAAGAACUCCAAGAAACGAUUCGGGUCUCGUAGGAGUUCUUCCUUUGAAUAUAAGAUCCCUGGCAGGUUGUUCAACAAUGGGGCGACCGAAGUCGCCUCAUUGUUCACCCAGCAGGGAAGGAAGGGGACUAAUCAAGAUGCCAUGGUUGUUUGGGAGAACUUUUGUUCGAGAAAUGACGCAAUAUUUUGUGGGGUUUUCGAUGGUCAUGGACCUUACGGUCAUAUGGUUGCUAGGAGAGUACGAGAUGCCCUCCCGCAGAAACUACAUGCUCAAUGGGAAGUAAACGCAAAAAGUGAAGAAGUUCUUAGAAAAAUCAGCCUUAAUUCGAGUAGUGCAAAUCAUGAAGACGCUUCUUUCAUAUCAGCCGAUGAUGAAUCCAGAAUCUCUGUCGAUCUUGAAGAAACGCACAAGGAAUCCGAAAUAUUUCAGAUACUGAAAGAUUCUUUUAUAACAGGUUUCAGAAUGAUGGAACGGGAAUUAAGAGUACAAACGAGUGUGGACUGCUUUUGCAGCGGAACUACAGCAGUGACUCUUAUCAAGAAGGGGCAAGACCUUAUUGUUGGAAAUGUCGGUGACUCGAGAGCUGUGCUGGGAACCCGAGAUGAUGAUAAUGGUCUAGUCGCUGUGCAGUUGACUGUUGAUCUCAAACCGAAUCUACCAGCCGAAGCAGAGAGAAUCAAGAAGUGCGGAGGACGUGUGUUUGCCCUUCGAGAUGAGCCAGAUGUAUCUCGCGUUUGGCUUCCCAAUAUUGAUUCGCCUGGUCUUGCCAUGGCUCGUGCAUUUGGGGACUUCUGCCUCAAGGAUUUCGGUCUCACAUCAUUGCCUGACGUAUCAUAUAGGCGCCUCACCGAGAAGGAUGAGUUUGUCGUUUUGGCUACGGAUGGGAUUUGGGACGUUCUUUCAAACAAAGAAGCAGUUGACGUAGUUGCAGGAGCCCCUUCUAGAUCCACAGCAGCUAGAGCUCUUGUUGAAACAGCUGUCCGAGCCUGGAAAAUGAAAUAUCCAACAUCGAAAAUCGACGAUUGUGCUGUGAUCUGUCUCUUCCUGGACUCGGACACAGAUGCCCUAUCGUCUGCAGUGGCUACAAACGAGAAAGACUCGUCAGUUUCAGCUGAACGAGCUGAAGUAGGGAUUGAUAAAGAGGAUACAAAUGGCCCCACCACCCUGGGCGGGUCUGCAACCGUUAGAACUGAUACAGACGCAAUUCAGGAAAGUAAUGUGGAUGACGAAAAAAGCCCUACCGAGGAUGACUUGCUUUUGGACGACUAUUCUGCUUUAGAAGGCGUUACUCGAGUAAAUACCUUGUUGAAUCUACCAAGGUAUAAGCCCGGAAAAUAAGUUUUAUUCCGAUAGAUGAAAACCCGAAACAAUGAAAGAGAUCUAGGGUCAGUUACUCGAGAUUCUCGACUUGUUCUUUGUUCAUUUUAUAGUUAUGUUCUUUUUAUAUACAGAAAUUUUUUUUCGAGUGGAGAAACUUGCCUAGCUAUAUUAGGUUCUUGGGAAGUUAUGUUCUCCGACUUUAGUUUGGUUAGUUCAUGAAUUUUGUAAAAAAAAUUGUUAUUGUUCGAUUAUAGUUUACUCCUUUGAUAUAAAA